AGGCGUGAAAUCAUAAAAAGAUGAGUGGCCGGGGACGAGGCAGAAAUUUCGGCAAACCGGCGAAGCCGAAUGCCUGGACUGAACAUCGGCCUCCAGCUCACGGUCGCCCGAAUAAGCCUUCAACUUCGAACGAGUCGAAGCAGAACGGUGUGACGCAUGAGAAGCCAUCGAAAUUUGAGGAAGCAUGUGCUCGAAUCAAUCGCUCCAACGAAGGCUACAUUCGUUCUCAUGGCUUGAGUUCUCCACGAUUAUCAGACGAUGAAGAUAAUGACCUACCUUCCCUGAAUAGAUCCUCAAUUCUCGAUUCGCUUUUGAAGAGAUAUGAUGGCGACGGACUAGACGACAUGUGCCGAACGAAGCAAUAUCUGGAUGAUUGUCUGCGCGGUGGAGAUAAAAUCGUUUGUCUCAUUUGCAUUGAUCCUGUGAAGAAGCAAGAAGCGGUAUGA